AUGACAAGACUGUCGAAACGUGGCUUUGGCAAUCAAGCUGAGGUUCACUUCCAUGAAACGUUUGAUGGGUCCUGGGAGUCGCGGUGGGUAAAUUCCCAGCUGCCAGGCACGGCACCUUUCGAGUGGUCAGCAGGGAAAUGGUUCGCCAACGAGUCCCAGCAGCGAGGCUUGAGGACUACUGGGGCCCUCCGACGCCAUGCCAUCUCUGCAAAGCUGCUGCAGAAUUUCACCAACAGAGGACGGGAUCUCGUGCUGCAGUUCACCGUAAAGCAUGAGAAUGAGGAUAUGUCCUUCUGCGGCGGCGGGUAUGUAAAGUUGAUGGGCAGCGACCUUGACCAGAAAUCAUUCGGACCGGACACGGCGUACAAGAUCAUGUUUGGCCCAGAUAUUUGCGGAUUCCAGACAUCAGCUGUGCACCUGAUCUUCAACUGGCAAGGAAGGUACUUGCACAGAUCUCCAGAGAUACCUCUGGAGUAUGAUGACCGCGAUGCGUUCACACAUAUCUUCACUUUGCUGCUGAAACCAGACAACACGUACAAGGUCUACAUUGACAUGAAGGAAAAGUCUUCAGGUGAGCUUCACGACUAUUGGGCCUUUCCGAACAAGACGAUUGAUGACCCAACUGAUCGCAAGCCGGAGGAUUGGGUGGAGACCCGCCGAAUUGUGGAUCCUGAAAUAAAGAAGCCCGAGAACUGGGUGGACACCCAACUUGUUCCAGACAGCACGGCCUGGAAACCGCCAGAAUGGGAUGAUGAGGAGGACGGCGUCUUCGAAGCGCCUCUCAUCGAGAAUCCGCUAUAUCAGGGGCCCUGGUUUCCUGCCAUGGUAGACAAUCCUGAGUUUCGCGGUCAUUGGAGGCCUCGGCAGCGUGGGAAUCCUGACUACGAGGAGGAGGUGUACUCCUACACUGACCUUGGAGCGGUGGGCUUUGACCUCUGGACAGUCCAUGAAGGAUCAGUUUUCGACAACCUUCUCCUUUGCGACUCGCUGGAUUUUGCGAAAUCUGAGGCAGCAAAGCUUCAGGAGCUCUUUUCCAAAGAGAGGGAGGCGCGCCGCAAGUGGAAGGAGCAGGAUGCAGGGGAGGAGGCGCCUGGAACAUGUUUGAGCUUUGAGCUAGACACGGAGCGCUUGGCCCGCGAGCGCAAGGAGCAGCAGGCGGCUGAGGCAGCCGCGCUCAGUCUCAUGUGGGGAUUCGGGAACUUCGCCGAAGAGAGGAAGAGGAACGUGUGCCGCGAGCGUCAGGAAGAGAAACGCCGCGAGCGUGAACGGGAGAUUGAAGAGAAGCAGGCGCUGGAACGUGAGGCAGCGGCCAACCGACGUGCUGCUGGUGGUGCCGGCGCCGGAGCAGGUGCUGCCGCAGGUGACAGACGCCGCGGUGGAGAUGUUCAAAGUUCACGGGAUGAUUGGCGCAAGAGAGGCGAGCAAGAGGAUGGGCCACGCCGGCCUGCAGCAGGCGGAAGGACCGGGCCAAGCAGCCGUGCCGAUGAGGACAACUGGCGCCGGCCAGCUGCAGAUGAGCCCCGGGCCGAUGCUGCCCCAGAGCGCAAGGAACCCUGGCGCCCCUCACGGGCCAAGGGUGAGGGCCGUGAUGGUGAAAAUCCAGGCCCAUGGCGUCCGUCGCGAGCCAAGGGCGAGGGCCGCGAGGAGCGAGAAGAGCCGAAAGGCGGCAGCAAGGGCGGAGGUGCACGUGGGGAGGAUGAAGGCAGCUGGCGCCGCCCCGCCGGCGGAGGUCGCGUCGACAACGCAGACAGCUGGCGCCGGGAUGAUGGACCGAGACGGCAAGGAUCGCAGCGCGAGGAUGACGGUGGCUUCCGCCGCUCUGAUUCGCGCCGCGAGGAGAAGCCUGCAGAUGAUGGACCCCGUAGGGCGCCGCCUCGCGAGGACACGUGGGCACCUGCACGCGAGGAACGUCCAGCACCUGCGCCUGAGCCUGCUGCACCUGAGCCAGCUGCGGGUGGUGGAGAGGAUGAUGAAGGAUGGAGCAACGUCGUUGCUGGCAAGAAGAAACGCGGAAAGGCGGCUGGAGGAGGCGAGGCGCCAGCCGAGCCGCAGGAAUCAGAAUGGCGCACCCAGGGCCCUCGGCGUGGUAGCGGCAAGGGCAAUGGAAAUGCGGGUGGCGAGGAGCAGACCAGGGGUAUCUGCAAGAGCGGGCCCAGCGGAACGAAAAGCCAGACCGCGGACAUCCGCAUCUCGGACAGCUACGCCAAAAACAGCAACAUCGCGAAAAGCUUCAAAGACGACCGGGGCUGGAGCAACAGCUGGCAGGGCAAGCAGGUCACAGUCGAGUCAGUUGCAAGCCAGUCAGCCGCCAUCUUACAAGCUGUUCUUGUGGGGUCCCUAAAGAAGCUGGGUCUGGACAUCGAGUCCUUCAAGGAGCUUGGGCCGCUAGCGGCGGCAGGGCUUGAGGCCACCCGUUUGGCGCUGGAAAGAGCCUCCGAAUCACUGGUGAGCAGCAGAAUACCCAUCUCUGGCGCGGCUGUGGAGCGCAUGGACAACGCCAAGCUUCGGGUCAUAGCUGUUGGCCACAAUGGCCGAAUUCCUCCAGCUGGAAAGCGGCUGGACAAUGGAUACCCCACGGAUCAUGGGGAGACCGGAGCAAUCAGGACCAUUCCCGAUGUUUCAGCAGUAAACUGGGACAAGGUUGUGUUUGCAACCUCGCUCAGCCCCUGUGUGAUGUGCACAUCAGCCUUGACUUGGCUGUGGAAGCUGGGGCUCCGACAUGUAGUCAUUGCGGAGAGCAGCAGCUUCAGUGGCGGUGCCAGUGCGCUCGCAAAGCUCGAGGGCAUGAACAUCGUCAAUCUGUCGAACAGUUACGCCCAGUCCAUGAUGAAGACAUUUGCCACUCGCUUUCCGUGGGAUUGGGCUGCGGAUAUCGGUGAGGUCCCGCCAGGUGACUUGGGGCUCAGCAGGCGCUUGCAGGAGAACUGGGAACUGCGAAUCUUUGUGAACAAGAUCACUGAAGCGCUUCAGAAGAUUGGGCACCAUGCGGCGGUAAUCAACGCAAAAGGAGAGAUUAUUGCUUCUGCAGCGGAUGAGCGCAAAGAAAGCGGUGGGAACGAGACAUGUGCGGCGGUGAUGCUCGCAAUGGGACGUGCGGGAUCUGCAACCAACCUACGUGAAGCGAUCAUCUUCUUCAUGGGCGCCACAGCGGAGCUUCAGGACUUUGGGCCUGUUGCGGCGGGCGCUUGCCAGCUCUUCCGUCCAGCGAUGGUCGUCACGACAGGAUCGGCCUCUGCUGAACUCGUGGAGCAGCUUGCAGCGCACCAGGUGAAGAAGAAACAUCCCUUCCACCUGGACCGCCACACUCACCACCAUGCAAAGGUUGUUGACACCGCAGACUACCGUGCAGAUGCUGCGGCAUUCUUCGCGAAAGUAAAGGAUCUACCAGUGGAAGAGAGAUGUCCCGAGUUGAAGAGGAUGACUCUGGACCAGGUUCACCAGCAAUGGCACAAGUAUUUGGCAGAAACUGAUAAUAAUGCUCGCAAAUUGAGCGGGAAGAAAAAGCAGGAAGCUUUUUACGACCUGCACUUCUCAUUUAACGAUAUGCUGGCAGAGACGCCCGUGCUGGUGACGGGGCAUGUUCCAAAGCAGCUGGGCUGGCAGGCAGCUACUCACUGGGGAAAGGAUGAGCUUGCGAAGCGCAUGGGCAGCCUGCCCUGGCAGAAGUUUACUUUCAACUACCCCGAUUGGUUGAUCGGAAUGGAACAGUGGGAAUCUCUUGAUGAUUAUGUUUCACACAAUGAGAGCUCUCAGAAUAUUUUUCUUUUUGCGAGCGAGGGAGGCUGCAAAGAAGAAGACGCCAAGCUGAAGCAUUCAGUGGAUGCAAUCCGAGAACAGUUUGCUCCGAGCCCCGAGUUUGCCUUUGGACCAGAGGAGUGCAUGGCCAUCGUGGCUAUAGAUGCUUUGGGAAGCUCGCAUGGCUUCCAUAGCCACGAUCCAGUUUGGAACGUCCAGGUCGAAGGCCACAAGAUGCCCCUCGCCGUUUGA